GUGUUUGCAACUUUAAGGAUCUUAUCUAUUCACAAACAACUCCAAAGAGAAAGGAAAACUUGAAAUUGCGUCUUAUGACCCCUUUAAGUAUACUAUACCUGGCAAAAACUUCUCUUCAGCAAGGUGUUAUGACAUUUUCCGGCAAGAGCUAAACCAUGGUAACAAGCCAAAUUUGUGUUUAUAUGGGUGUCGAAAUAAAUAUGUGCUGCUUUUGGAGCGAAACAGGCCUGAUCGUGGUUCCAACCUCAUCUCAUGAGAAAAGUAAAAAAUUUUUUGUUUUUUUUUUUUUAUGACGGGUGAUUUUGUAUGAAUAUGUAAGUGAUUUACUCAGAAAUGAAAAAUUUUUAAGAAAAAAAUGGAAGCAUGAAAGUCCAUCCCUAAACCUAACUGUCAGUGAGCCAUAAGAAGAUCGGACGAAAACGUACAGAUGAGAUCAUACAAAUUCAUACGUAUAAGCCACCAAACUGUAAAAUUAUCAUGAGAGUGUGUGGCACUCUGAGCUGCUCUACCACCUAAACAUCAUCCAGUAUUGAUUGAGUUAGUUUGUGUCCAGGAGAUCUCAUCCCACUAAAUCCAGUUUCAGUCACAAGAUCUUACUUCAGUGGCCGGAAAUGGAGAGUGCUUUUCCCCCAACUCUAUAAAACAGAAUUUCAUUAGGAAACAAGGAUUGACAUCCCUUCCAUGAAGCAUGACUCCGUCAAGGUUUGUGUAUGCCGUUAGUUUCCCAGGCAGUCUACAAGACGCAAUGAGAGGAAGUCUGAAGUUUGGUUCGGACCGGCGUUUUGGGUUCCUUGGAAAUUGGGCCACAGGUCCCUGGGGUGAGCGAAGCUUUUCUGGGACAGGCAUGGCAAUGACGUACAGGCGGUUCGGAAUGGGAACAUACAGCACCGUCCAGCCAUUCUGAAGGGAGCCGGUGGUAUGAUAUGCGGUCUGGAGGUAGGAAAUACAGGUCUCGCUUCAUAGUUCCCUGAAUGGAGCUCUUACAUUCUGGUUGAGGUCUCUACUAGUGAGGAAACCCCUGGAGAUGAGCGAAUGCACCCUGUCUGCUGCUCUGAACACUUUAAUAUAGACGAACAGAGGCAUCACGGACGACCACCCCCUUACAACGCCAAUGACCUUCACCAUUGAUCCAUUUAUCUCUGAGUCUCAGAUUCUGUAAUGGAAAAUCGAGGAAAGGAAGUGGACGCUUGUAUGGCUUGCUGCUUUCAAACAAGUUGCUAUGGCAGCUGGAGUCCAGAUGAUGAAGGUGACCUCCAGCACAGCAGCACAGGGAGCGAAGGGGGCACAGCAGGGGACGCCACCCCUCCUCCUAAGCGCAAGGGCAAGUUCUCUACCCUGGGUAAGAUCUUCAAGCCCUGGAAGUGGAGGAAGAAGAAAAGCAGCGAGAAGUUUAAGGAAACUUCAGAAGUUUUGGAAAGAAAGAUGUCGAUGAGGAGGCCAAGACAGGAACUGAUCGAACAGGGAGUGCUCAAGGAGCUUCCUGACAAUGGUGAAGCCCAUGGCCACAAGACACCUUAUGUGAAGAAUGGUCACACUCUGCCUGUAGGAGUUGGUGGAGGUCUGGGGCUAGAGCAGAUUCACUCGCCCUCUGAAUCCGAAUUUAGAGUCAACCCUGUCUGGCUGCCACAGCCCGAUGACCGGAGAGGUCGUGCCCCUUCUGACGGGGAUCAUCGCGGAGCAUUGGGCCCCCGGGCCUCCAAUCAGGAUGAAGGCAGGAGAAGUGGUUGGUCUGUUGGGACAGAGGACUGGAAAUCUAAUCUGGCCUGGCAGGGAGAUGAUAUCCGACAUGGAGGAAGACUGCAUGUUGAAAUGGACAAGAGGCCUGGGCUAAUGAAAGCCCCCUCUGAGGAUGGGCGCAGGACUCGCCCCGAACCAGACUGGAAGCCAACACUUCCUCGCCACUCGUCCGUCGAAGAUGGAAGGGGAAGACUAGAGUCUGACAGCAGUCAAUACAUUCCUAACUCAGAGGUUUUGAGGGACACACUGCGAGAGCCUCUGCCCCCCAAGCAGUCCGUCAUGCCCCCCAAAUGGCUGAUGACUUCCACCCCGGAACCUGGUGCUGACGGCUUGCCCCGCACCCCUGUCCACAACCCCGCAGCUGCUUUCUCUUCUUCCUCUGCCUCCUCCAACACCUCCUCCUCAGCUGUCAGCACGGCUGGAAAACCACUACGAAACGUAUCCUCAGCUGGCGCCAACACACAGGCCUCCAGCAGCGCUCCCCUUACCACCUCUUCAGCACCAUCCUGUAUGGGCAAUGUCCCAGCCCAGCCCACCAAACAGCCCCCUCUCCCUCCACCCAAGCCAAUCAACCGUAGCAACAACACCGCCAUGUUGGCCUCCACCCUGCAUGGGGGUGACGGCAGUGAUUUCCCCCUCUACUGGUCCUGUUGGAAGCGUGAGGGUGACCAUGACGUCUACCUGUCCCUGCCUGUGUACCUCUGCCGGCGGGCAGGAGGCAUGCGCACAGCUGAACUCACACAAGGAGGUGUCAACCUAGUACCGGCCAAGCCCUCGCCCCCUAUGCCCCCAAAAAGAACCACGCCUGUCACCAAACGCAAUGCAGAGGACUCCCCUCUGACCAUUUCCUCCCUUCCCUCCAUUCUGUCCGAGGACAUGAGGGCCAACAUCCCUGGGGGCUACCAGCUGCCUCCACCUCCCCCAUCUCCACCUCUCCCUACACACAUCCCCCCUUCCCCACCACGGGCCCACACCCAUCAUCUCCUCCACCAACACUCCUACCCCUACCCCCUGCCCCAACCACUUCCUGUCCACUUUGACCCUCCCAGCCCUCCGGAGGAACCACCAGCCCGUCAAGCCCCUGUUCCCUUACACAUCAUGAUCCAGAGGGCGCUCAGUAGCCCAGGACCAGCUCUCCCACACCCAGAUGGCUCCCAGCGGGCCCACUCACUUCUGUUUGAGACGCCACCAGAAUACCAGGGCAGCCGCCCACUGCCAGUCACCAUCCAGCCUCUCAAACUGGAUGAAGAUGACUACUCCGAUGAAGAGGAGGAGGAAGAGGAUGAUGAUGAUGACGAGGAUGAGGAACCUCCAUCUGAUCACCUCCCCUCCCCUCAGUCCCAGCCAGAACUUGAGCCUCGUAGCCGCAGAUGCCUGGUGGGGGAUCUGAGCGUCAGCAUCAUCCCUGAAGGAAACGACAGCAGCGAGGAGGAGGAAGAUGAGGAAGAUCAACAGCCGGAGGAGAGCGACUCGGAUGGGCCCGUGCUGUAUAAGGACGAUGAAUCGGAUGAAGACGAGGAUGACGACAUCCCACCAAGUGCUCUGGCCAGCAGGGUGAAAAGGAAGGACACGUUGGCGCUGAAGUUGAGCAGUCGGCCCUCUGCCCCGGACAGGCAGGCUCCUGAGAGGCAGGCCAAAGUAGAGCACACGGGUCUGUCGUGGCAGAGCAGGGAGCAGUGGGAGGCCAUCCGCACACAGAUUGGUACCGCACUCACACGGCGAUUGAGCCAGAGACCUACUGCUGAGGAGUUGGAACAGAGAAACAUUCUCCAGCCCAAAAAUGAAGCAGACAGACAAGCAGAGGUCAGGGAGAUCAAGCGCAGACUCACCAGAAAGUUGAGUCAACGACCAACUGUUGCCGAACUACAGGCUCGAAAGAUAUUACGUUUCCACGAGUAUGUGGAGGUCACAUGCGCUCAGGACUACGACCGCCGUGCUGACAAGCCAUGGACCAAACUCACUCCCGCAGACAAGGCUGCUAUUCGUAAAGAGCUCAACGAGUUUAAGAGCUCCGAGAUGGAAGUGCAUGAGGAAAGCAGAAUCUACACAAGAUUCCAUCGUCCUUAACAGCGUCUUUUAACUAGAAAAUGAAGCACUUAAAGGCCGGUGGAUAUUGGGAAGAAAAGGCCGGUUUUUUGGUGAGGAGCCUCAGGGUGUCAGAGCUUGUUCAGACUGCUUUUACUAUGAAUGUACUUCUUCAGAUGCACAGGGACGCCUGGAGCAUUCAGAAAACAGUCAAAACAAACAAAACAGACCGUUUCUCAGUUGUCCACCCACUGACGUGUGGGACGGGUGACCUCUGGGGGACAGAUGCAGUAUUUCUCCUGGACUUUAGGGGACCCAUGUGCCAAGACAGAGAGGCGAUGAAGGACUUAUUAGAGGAUGUUACUUGUGCCAAUGGCAAAUAUUCCUCACUGUACUCUCUGAAUGGCCUUUUAUCUGCUUUUACUUCAUAUGAUAAACUUUAUUUCCUUUCAGGGAAGUGUAACAAAGUUAAAAAUAAUAGUAAUAAUAAUGAUGUGAUGAUAAUAAAUACAGUAAUACUACAGUAAGUGUUAGUUACUGAGCAUAGCGGGGCAGACAGAAGAACUGCAAGAGUAAGGCCUGAGCCUGAAUGAUAAUUGUGUAUUUGUAUAUGUUUGUAUAGGCUGCUGUAAUUUUUCUCUUAGUUUGACUCUUUGGAACGUUCAUAAUGUUAGAAACUUUAAGGCACAAGCUUUGGCUUUGGCCCUCUUUAUUCAAGAAAGGGUUUCAGAUCCCCCCUUACUUUCUGGUCCUCACUGUUUGAGAGAGGAAUAGAAGAAAAUAGGAUCAGUUUUAGGUAGAAUGUAAGCAUUUCAUAUUUCACUAUUGAUCUACAGCAAACUGUGAUCUUUUUUUAAUCAUAUCGCCUUCUGUAAAAGUGAGGUCCAGCUAUUUCAGUUUUAAGAAGUGUCCGAGUCGUGUUUACAGAAUAUUUUAUUUCUUAAUAAAAAGGAUUUCCUGAUUAUUUAUUGCCCAUUUAAAAGGAGAAUGAAUUUAGUCCGGAUGCGCACUGAUACAGCUCUAAAAAUGAUGUUUUUGUGAAGUAUUGUUGGCAGGCAGGAACUCUUCUUCAUUUUUUUCCAACUGUUUUGUCAUUUGUUGUUUUUUUUUUUGGCCAGUAGGAUAAUAGGAAUUGCUCUGCUGUACAGAUCCAUUCUGUAGAUGAACCUGACUGUUUGUGUAUAUCUUGUCUUCCUUUUAUUUUGAAAAGUAUUUUAAAUAUAUUGAAACUCAUAUAGGUUACUAUUUUUUUAAGCACAAAAUUAUUAGUGUAUUAUUCGACACUACAAUGUAAUGUAGCGUUGUAUAUUCUUGCUUUUUAAUUAUAUGUGAACUUUUAGAAACUGAGAGUAAAUUUGCUGUUUAGAUGUAAACACCUCUAAAUCUAAAUUAAAAUGCUUACCAAUAA